CAUAGCAGCAGUAGCAGCAACAGUAGGAGUAUUAGCUGCAGAUGUGUUGCUAACAGCAGUUGUCAGUUGCGGACGAUCGAGUGUCUGGUCUAAGAGAGGAAGGUGUUACCGUGUCAGUGAGGCCUGUCAGGCACCAUCCACAACUGAAACCUGCCUCCGGUUAGCCUACAGUUGCUGGGGGGAGAGGAGAGGGACCCCGUACACUGCCCUGCCUGCUAUUGCCACCACUAUCACCAAUGGUGUAAUGCUGCACCAGUCCAGCUGUAGCAACAACAACAAAACUGCACUUGUAGCGGUCUUCUACGUUUCUCUUUUUUAUUUUCACAGCAUUUUUUUACACUCCAUUCCAUUACCUGGUAACCUUGUUGCUUUCUUGCACACCCAGACAAACAAUUCUUAACAUAAGAAUUCCUCUUUUUACUCUUACUCCUUCCUUUUGUUCUUCAACUUUCUCUUUCUCUUUUCAUUUUCUUCUUCCUCAUUCUACCACCUGUGUUUUUCAUCUGACCUUACUUCCUACAUAGUCUUACUAUCACACCCACCUUUUCUCAUCACCAUUAUAACCAUUUUGACAAACCAGCGCACUGGCAUCUGCAGCCAUUUCCUCCAUCCAGGCGACAUACACGCCAGCCUGCUGUGUUGACAGCAGCCGUGGCGGUGGGGCUGGUGCCAGCGAUGUUGGCGAUGGCGGGGCAUGUGGCGGGGAUGAGAUCGAAGAGGAGGGGGGAGGCGGCGGCCCCGGAGCUGGCGGCGUCGGGAUUAUGGCCCAGGAGACAAUCUACCUGUGCAACUUCAGGGUAUCAGUGGAUGGCGACUGGUUGUGCCUGCGCGAACUCAGCGAUGUGCAGGUGGAAAUGCCACCUAUCCUGCCCUCCAUUGAAGACGGACGAGACCCACGGACUAUAGAACGGGCCAACCUACUUAACGUGUCCAAAUUAAUUAUCAAGGAACUGAUUGACUCCUCGCUAUCUCAUGGUCGAAUGCUAGAUGAUGACCAUGUACCUCUACAACAGUUCUUUGUCGUGCUAGAACAUGUUCUUCGACAUGGACUCAAACCCAAGAAAGGAAUACUUAGAGACAAACGAGAGUUUUGGGGAGUGUUGGAGGUCAUUGAAAAAUUUGCCCCAGAAGCUGCUGAGAUUACAACCAGUGUCAGGGAGAUGCCAAACAUCAAAACCCCCUUGGGUCGUGCACGAGCAUGGUUGAGGUUGGCUCUCAUGCAGAAAACUUUGGCUGAUUAUUUUAAGUUAAUCAUAGAAAAGAAAGAUGAUGUAUUAAGUGAGUUUUAUGAACGUGGUGCCAUAAUGGUGGAAGACGAAGGUAUUGUGAUAACUGGAUUGCUUGUUGGUCUUAAUGUCAUUGACUGCAACUUGUGCAUCAAGGAAGAAGACCUGGAUCAGCCUAUGGGUGUUAUAGAUUUCAGCCUUUAUUUGAGAGACAACAAAGUCCCAAUGGAUACUCCUGACUCUGAUAGUGCUGAAGGAAAAUCAAAGAUGGCUACCAUUCUUGACCAGAAGAACUAUCUGGAGGAGCUGAAUCGACAUUUGAACGCCACAGUAACCAAUCUACAGCAGAAACUGGAGAGUGUGCAGACCACAAAUGCUCUUAUGAAGGAAGAUUUAGCAAUAACCAAAAACACCAUAUUAACUCUACAAGAAGAAAAUAGUACAAUUAAAAAAGAAAAGGAAAUUCUUUUAAAUGAUCACAAACGAAAACUUGAGCUGACGAAACAAGACAUCGAUAUUGAACGAGAGACAUACCAAACAUCCCGUGCCGGUCUCGAUAGUCUAGUUGCCGAGGCCAAGAAACGUCUGGAAGACGAAACUCAAACUAGGAUAGAUGUUGAACGAGAGUUGGAGCUUCAGAUCAGCAUGAAAACUGAAAUGGAGAUGGCAUUGCGGUUGCUGGAGAAAGACAUUCACGAGAAACAGGAUAACAUUAUUUCAAUGCGGAAGCAAUUGGAAGACAUAAAAACAUUAAACCUCGAGAUGUACAAAAAACUCCAGACUUGUGAUAGUAAUUUGAAACAAAAGACUGAAGUGGUUGCCAAACUAGAAGAGAAAACUGAACAACUAGUAAAUACACUGAAAGAAAUGGAGAAAAAGCUAAAGCCAUUGGAAGCCGAGAAAUUGGCUGCUGAAGAGACUGCUCGAAAACUAGGCCAGAUAAUUGCAGAAAAAGAAACCAAGCGGUCGGCGCUGGAAACAGACCUACGAAUUGAGAGGGAAUGGAGAGGAACAUUGCAGAAGACGCUUGAGCAAGAACGACAUAAUGUUACACUGGUGCAGAUGGAGUUACAGCAAAUGAAAGAAAUUCAAAAGGGAUAUUCAUGCCUUGAGAGAUCCCAUUUACACCUUCAGCAGACAGUUGAGGAACAAGAAGCAACUUUAGCAGAACUUGGAACACAUUUAAGCCAGUCGAAACUAAAAAUGGAAGACAUGAAGGAAGCUCACUCAGCUCUUCGGGAGGCCCAGUGGGCUAGUGAUCGGGACAGCAAGCAGUGUAAACAGUGUACUAAGCUGUUCUCAGUCUCACGGAGAAAGCAUCACUGUCGAAACUGUGGCUACAUCUUCUGUAACGAGUGCUCAGACAACAAGAUGCCACUGCCUUCAUCUGCAAAGCCAGGCAGAGUCUGUGACACUUGCCACACAUUCCUUCUACAGAGCAGUGAAAGGCAAAGUUGAUGCUGGAAGUGAUUUGAACUGAGGAAGGAGGUAGCAGGAAUGAAACUAAGGAUUGUUCAAGACAAUUCAAGUCCAGUACUCUCUCUCUCUCUCUCUCUCUCUCUCUCUCUCUCUCUCUUACUCUAUAUAAUUUAAUAAUAAAAAAUUUAGAAAUGAUAACAAUCACUUUAUUUGAUUCCAUUCUUGAACCUUCAGUUUAGUGUUACCAAGGAGUUGAUAGCCACUAAGUUACUUAAGAGUGUCUCAAGGUCUUUUGUAUUCUGCUUGCCUUUUGCAGUACAAUGCCUCUGCUUAUAUAUAC